UGCCUCCUCCGGAUGCUCCGCGAUUGCGUCACACCAUCCAUUUAGUGGCUCCGACCACAUUUUCAGGUCAGGCCAAUAUUGGCUCUUGCUGUUAUGAGAGUUCGUUCGUAGAGUCAGAAGGGGUAGACUAGUAGCGUAUUGAAUAAUGUUUUUUUUGAAACGGAGGAGUCGGACAGGAUUUUUCAGUCAACAUUAAUAUCCUAACCGAUGGCGCCUAGGCAGCUGAAAACAUGUGCUCAGAAUGUCAGUCUGCAUGUUGUGAAGGGAACAUAGCUCCACUUUGUAUUUUUCCCCAAUGACGUCUGAAAGCUUAGGAAGGCUAUGAAUUUCUGCAAACCGAAUGGCGUUGUUUGUGUAUGAAAUUGGAUUAUGAAACGAUGCCCACUUUCUCGCUGACCUGACUCACUGUGGCUCUGGACUGUUUAGAUUUUGUCUUUUAUUUUCAUAAAGGAUCUUUGCUCCACAUGCAAAUCUCGAACGAUAAAUGCGCACAAAACUGAAUGCCAUAGGGGUGAACAGGUGACGUCAGUUUAGUAUGCUCAGACUGGAGAUGCUGGUCCCAUGGAUGUGUCUCGACGGGAAUACGGUUCAGUGAUUUGCCGUUCCAGCCCGAGCGCGUUCUACUAACGGAAUCGCUUAUGAUGCCCAGAGGUUUACGGAGGCUCGUGCACCUGGUGCUGUUUUGCCCUAUGUCGAAGGGGCUGCAGAGUCGUCUCCCGGCGUUAAAGGUGAAGUACCUGCUGCUGGCCUGGCUGGGGAUCCUGGUAGCCAGUUGGGUCCUCUACAUGCAGUACGCCUCCUACUCAGAGCUCUGCCGAGGACACGUCUGCCACAUGGUCAUUUGUGACCACUACAGGAGAGGCAUUAUCUCAGGGUCGUCCUGCAAGGCCCUGUGUGAGGAGAGGAGCCUGACCCUGCAGCGAUGCAUGUCCACCUCUUCCACACACCAAGUGUACAGUGGUCUGUGGAAGGACAGGCCUGUGGUGAUAAAGUGUGGUCUAGAAGAGCCUCUGAAGGGGGAUGUGGCUCCCGACUCUGUACUGAGACAGGAAAUUACCCUGUUUGACAAGCCCACCCGCGGGACCUCCAUGGAUGAGUUCAGAGAGAUGUUGCACAGCUUUCUCAAGUCUAACCUGGGAGAGCAACCUUCUCUCACCACCUUGGUGGGUCGUGUCAUCACCCUGGCCGAUGUCAACAAGGACCGCAAGGUGUCCCUGGCGGAAGCCAAGUCUGUGUGGGCUCUCCUCCAGAUCAACGAGUUCCUUCUGAUGGUAGCCCUGCAGGAGAAGGAGCAUACCCCCAAACUGCUGGGCUUCUGCGGGGACCUGUACGUGACUGAGCGCGUGGGCCACAGCUCCCUCUAUAGGUUGGAGGUCCCCAGCUACCUGCAGGCAUUAGUCCCAGAGGCCCUGAGCUCCAGCCUGAACCAGUGGCUGGCCCCGGCGUGGCCCCGGAGGGCCCGCAUCACCAUCGGCCUGCUGGAGUUCAUAGAGGAGGUGUUCCACGGGGCCUACGGCAGCUUCCUGAUGUGUGACACCAGCCUGCGCCACGUGGGGUAUAAUUUCAGGUAUGACUGCAAGAUGGCAGACCUGCGCAGCGUGGCGUCCGAGAUGGCGGUUCGCAGGUUCCUGCGGGGACGUCGCUGCGAGACCAACGCUGACUGCACCUUCGGGCGUGACUGCACUGCCACCUGCGAUCGUCUGGUGAAGCAAUGUAACACAGAGGUGGUCCAGCCCAACCUAGCCAAGGUGUGUGUGAUGCUACAGGACUAUCUGGUGUCUGGGGCGCCCCAGGACCUCCGCAUAGACCUGGAGAAGCAGCUCCGUACCUGUGUGACGCUCAGCGGCCUGGCUAGCCAGAUGGAGGUGCACCACUCGCUGGUCCUCAACAACCUCAAAACCCUGCUGUGGAAGACCAUCUCCAACACACAGUACUCCUGAGGACCACAGAAUAGCUGCUGGGAGCCAUAUGUAGGCCGGGGUCGUAUUCAUUUGACACCAAAUAAAGGAAAAUGGAUUGAAACAAAUGGACAAUCUGAAGUUGUCCAGUAAGAAAUGCAAAUGUAUUAACUGUUCACAUAAUUUUCUACGGUAUGCCCUAAUGACUACAACUCAUUUUUCCUUAGACCGACCUUAACCAGGGAAAAAAAAACACCAGGACCUACCCAUAGGAGUGAGGCAGGUCCAAACUCUACCCUAUUAUUUACCCUAGAGGUACUUCCCCUCCUAUCCUACUUUUUUACAAACAUGCCAAAAGCUUGAGUAAAACAGACUAGUAAAUCACUGGCUGAAAGUGAAAAUGAAUGAAAAUCAAAUGGAUUAUGAUUUAAAAGUAAAGGCAGUUUAUUUUUAUGGAAGGAUUCUUUAUUUUGUGAAGGAGGAAACUGUCUGGUCUAUUCUCAGGGCCUUGCCUAUGUAAUGAUAAUUAACUGUACAGUAUUCUACUUUAAAGAGUAGUUAAGUCUAUAACUUCUAUCAGGGAACGUCAAUGUAGAGGUGUAAUGCCAUGAAAAUAUGGGAGUGAUGUAACAGUAUGUGGACAAACUACUAUUUUAUCUGUGUGUGAAUGGUCCAUCAGACAAGGUCAAAUGAGAUGGAAAUAUGGAGGGAUCAAUUGAGCUUUUGUGAUAGAUCAUAACCAAUCUAUAUUACUCAGAUGAAACAUUUUUUAAAAAUACAGCACUCCAAACUAUGGCAAUUUUUCUAGACUAAAACAAUUGAAGUCUCAGUAUUUUAUGAAUUAUACAACAGGUUGGGCUAAUCCUGAAUGCUGAUUGGGUAAAACCGCAUUCCAGCCAGUGUCUGUACCACCAUCUAAAUUACUAUUUACUGUUCCAUCUGAUUGCGCAAUCCACUGUCUGGCGAUAUCGCACCUCAUUAGCUCAUUGCUAUGAUGCAUCCAAAUAAACAAUAAACAUUAUCCAAACAAAUGUCACAAAACAGCUUAAACAAAUGCAGCUAUUCAGGCUGCACUGUUUGACAUGACUAAGUUAGCCGUAGUUGGCUAGCUAGCAAGCAAGGGAUAAGAAGGUUGCCAGCCAGCAUGGCAAUGGAACAUUAAGAAUAAACGACUGACACAGAACAAAAAAUUGAACGACUGGGGCGCGUCUCUGGCAACCGAAACACGGGACUGUCUUGUGGAACGAUGAAAUAGUAUGAACAAAUUCAUCAAAUCAAAAUGUUAAUCAUUAUUUGAAUAUAUUUGAAUAUGUUGAUAAAAGUGAAUAUGCACUCAAAGCCGGUGUGGAGGAUAUUGGCACGGUUUGCCGGCCCUAGUCAUGGGCCUAACACCCGUGCCAAUAAAUACUCCAAACACCGGCUUCUCUGGCAUUAUCACUUAAGGGGAAAAAAGCUGUCUUUUACCAUUGUGUAGUUCGCCCCGACAGUAUUUCGCAAUUCACAUUCCAACCAACCAUGUUCUCGCCUCAAGUUCCAUCCAUCUGUCCAUGGCACCAAUAUAUUCAUUUUACAGGUGCACUUGUAGUCUCCAGUGUCAGUAGAUUGCAUUGUAAUAGUGACAUGUUUCGGCAUCUGAAGGGAAACGCUCAUAAGAAAAUAUGUUUCAACCAGUGAGAUCAGCUUGAGAUUUGAAUUAGCUUGAAAAUUGCAUCAUGAUAAAACCAAAAAUCUGGUCCAUAAGGCAAUUUGAUUCUUAAAUUGGAACAAAAUACUGCCUAGUUAAAUAAAGGG